AUGGAGGACAAGGAAUUUAGAAGAUCUAGAGAUUUGCCAAUAGAUGAUCAGAGUGAGCAGCCAAAACAAGCUCCAAGGAUCACUCAACCGAAUCAAGGUCAGCAAAGCUCUAGUAUAGUUACUAGUACAAGCAUAGGCUCAGGAGGUGAGAGUUCUCAGAGUAUGGAGAAACAGGUGCAAGAAGAGAUGCAUCAAGAAGACAUGGAGGUUGAUAUUUCAUCUUCUACAAUGGCGCGUCUAUGUCUGCUAGGCGCAUCUGUGAUUGUGCCAGGCACGUUUAUGUCUGGACCCGCGUCUGUGUCAAAUGCGGCCGCGUCUAUGCUGUUCAGGCGCAUUUGUGCCAAUAAGGCACUCGAAUUUGAUACAACAUAUGACCAUGAUGUUGGCGAUAUAUACGGCAACCAUGUUGGAGUUAACCUGAACGGCAUUAAGUCAUUUGAAUCUCAGCCGGCAGCCUAUUGGUUUGACGAUGAUCAUUUUAACAAUUUCAGUCUAAAAAGUGGAGAGAACAAGCAAGCCUGGAUUGAUUAUGAUCAUGUUGAAGACCGGCUUAAUGUGAGUGUUGCAAUGUACGGGAUGGAGAAGGCUGUCCGGCCUUUGAUAUCUGUUACGAAAUUGAAUCUCUCUUCAAUUUUGAAGGAAGAUGGGUAUGUGGGGUUUUCUGCAUCGACAGGGUCUCAAGCAAUUGAAGAUCAUCAUAUUCUAGGCUGGAGCUUCGGUACAGAAGGUAAAUCACCGACCGUAAAUCUCUCAGGCCUCCCUUCAUUAAUCAGAAAAGAGCAGACAACUAAAUCUAGAGGCUUUGUUGCCGGUGUGACUGCGUGGGCUGCGGGGGUUUUCGGACGGGUUUACAAGGGUCUUCUCUCCAAAAGAGGAGUUGAAAUUGGAGUGAAAUGCAUCACAAACGAUUCUACUAUAGGAAUGAAGGAAUUUAUUUGUGAAAUCUCCAGCGUAGGUCGUCUUAAACACAGAAACCUUCUUCGAUUGCGGGGAUGGUGCAGGAAGAGAAAACAGUUGUUUAUUGUUUAUGACUACAUGCCAAACGGAAGCCUGGAUAAAUUGAUAUUCCCUGACCCAGAGGCAAAAGAAGAAGUGCUGCCAUGGGAGCGAAGAUACGCUAUUCUGGAGGGUAUCGCUGCAGGGUUGUUAUAUCUUCACGAGCAAUGGGAACACAGAGUGGUACAUAGAGAUGUGAAAUCCAGCAAUGUGUUGCUUGAUUCAGAGCUUAAUGCAAAACUUGGAGAUUUUGGGCUUGCCCGUUUGUACGACGAUACUCAAAAUCCACAGACAACUCAGGUUGUGGGGACUGUUGGGUAUAUCACUCCAGAAGUGACAAUUAUAGGGAAAGUUAGUCCAAGCUCUGUUGUAUUCAGUUUUGGAGUUGUUUUACUGGAAGUUGCAUGUGGCAGGAGGCCCGUAGAUUUUGCCAAGGAUAGUGAACAGAUUGUUUUGUUGAAUUGGGUGAAGGAUCUAUAUCAAAAUGGAAAAAUCUUGCAUGCAGCUGACCCGAAUCUUAAUGGUGUGUAUGAUGUGGAAGAAAUGGAAAGAGUGCUAAAAUUGGGAUUGUUUUGUUCUCAUCCUCAACCGGGAAAAAGGCUUGGCAUCAGAAUAGUACUGCAAAUACUGGAAGGCGAAGCUCCAUUUCCGGGUCAUCGGGCUCCUUAG